AUGUCAAAAGCUGUCGGUAUAGAUUUAGGUACAACUUAUUCGUGUGUAGCUCAUUUCACCAACGAUCGUGUGGAAAUUAUUGCAAACGAUCAGGGUAAUAGAACUACUCCAUCAUACGUAGCAUUUACUGAUACAGAAAGAUUGAUUGGUGAUGCCGCAAAGAAUCAAGCUGCAAUUAACCCUCCAAACACUGUUUUUGAUGCAAAGAGAUUAAUUGGUCGUAAAUUCGAUGAUCCAGAAGUUACGAAUGAUGCUAAACAUUUCCCAUUUAAAGUCAUCUCCAAGGAAGGUAAACCUGUAGUGGAAGUAGAAUAUAAAGGUGAAAGAAAAACUUUCACUCCAGAAGAAAUCUCUUCAAUGGUCCUAACUAAAAUGAAGGAAACUGCUGAAAAUUACUUAGGUACAAAAGUUAAUGACGCCGUUGUCACCGUUCCUGCCUAUUUUAACGAUUCUCAAAGACAAGCAACAAAGGAUGCAGGUACAAUUGCAGGUUUAAACGUCUUAAGAAUCAUUAAUGAACCAACUGCAGCUGCAAUUGCUUACGGUUUAGAUAAAGAUACCAAACAUGAACAUAACGUUCUGAUUUUUGAUUUAGGUGGUGGUACUUUCGAUGUCUCCUUAUUAUCCAUCGAUGAAGGUAUUUUUGAAGUUAAAGCUACUGCUGGUGAUACUCAUUUAGGUGGUGAAGAUUUUGAUAACAGAUUAGUUUCUCAUUUAGCCAACGAAUUUAAGAGGAAAAAUAAGAAAGAUAUUACUACUAAUCAAAGAUCAUUGAGAAGAUUAAGAACCGCUGCUGAAAGGGCUAAAAGAGCCCUAUCAUCCUCUUCUCAGACUUCUAUUGAAAUUGACUCAUUGUAUGAAGGUAUUGAUUUCUAUACUUCACUUACAAGGGCUAGAUUUGAAGAAUUAUGUGCUGAUUUGUUUAGAUCCACUUUAGAACCAGUAGAAAGGGUAUUAAGAGAUUCUAAAUUAGAUAAAUCUCAAAUUAAUGAAAUUGUCUUAGUUGGUGGUUCGACAAGAAUUCCAAAAGUCCAAAAAUUGGUCACUGAUUUCUUUAAUGGUAAAGAACCAAAUAGAACAAUCAAUCCAGAUGAAGCUGUUGCUUAUGGUGCUGCUGUUCAAGCCGCUAUCUUAACAGGUGAUCAGUCGACAAAGACACAAGAUUUGUUACUACUGGAUGUUGCUCCAUUAUCAUUAGGUAUUGAAACUGCAGGCGGUAUAAUGACUAAAUUGAUUCCAAGAAAUUCUACAAUUCCAACAAAGAAAUCAGAAACUUUCUCAACUUAUGCUGAUAAUCAACCAGGUGUAUUGAUUCAAGUUUAUGAAGGUGAAAGAACGAGAACUAAAGAUAAUAAUAUUUUAGGUAAAUUCGAAUUAUCUGGUAUUCCUCCUGCUCCAAGAGGUGUUCCACAAAUUGAAGUCACUUUUGAUAUUGAUGCAAAUGGUAUCUUAAACGUUUCUGCGAUAGAAAAAGGUACAGGUAAAUCAAAUAAGAUUACUAUUACAAAUGAUAAAGGUAGGUUAUCAAAAGAAGAUAUAGAACAAAUGGUUUCAGAAGCUGAAAAAUUCAAAGCUGAAGAUGAAAGGGAAGCUGAACGUGUUCAAGCAAAGAAUCAAUUAGAAUCCUAUGCAUUCUCGUUGAAAAAUAGCAUCUCUGAAGCUGCCUUUAAAGAGAAAGUUGGCGAAGAAGACUUUAAAAAAUUGGAAGAAGCUUCUAAGGAAACAAUCGACUGGUUAGAUGCAUCUCAAGCUGCUUCUACAGAAGAGUAUCAAGACAAACAAAAAGAAUUGGAAGGUAUUGCAAAUCCAAUUAUGACUAAGUUUUAUGGUGCUGGAGGAUCAAUGCCAGGUGCGGGUGGUCCAAUGCCAGGUGCAGGUGGCCCAAUGCCAGGUGCAGGCCCAACAGGUGGUGCUGAUUCAGGCCCAACGGUUGAAGAAGUUGACUGA